UGUCUUCGUUCUUAUGGAAGUUAAACCGAAGUUUUCUUUUAGAACAAUGUAGCGUGUAGCAUUUAACGUUAAAGUUACAGACGUCUGUUUGUGCGUUUAUGAAUCGACCUUAUAUUCUAUACUUGUGAGAAAGUCAAGAGAAGAAGAGGAAAAGUCACCAUUGUUCGAACUGGAUCGUCUAACGCUUCCCAGAUUUCCUGUUCCUGUGUGGAAGACUUACCGAGGGCCGCCGGUGAGAUUGAGGUGCAGCGACGCGAAUCGCGGCCGUGUGGACUGACGCUCAGGACUCUGGCGCUCUGUCUCACACUCGCGGGACCCCCGCCUUGCCCACUCAGCACUCUGCAGACCUGACCACUUUGUGUGACUUCUCAUGUGGCUUAUUUCUUCUGGUCCAACUACCGCUUAACCAAUUUUUAAUUUUUUUUUUUCAAUUUCUUUUUUUAUUUCAAUUGCAAUUCUUUCGGGAACCAAACUUGGAUUUCCCCCCAAUAUUAUGCGCAUCAAUGGAUACCAGUGGCUCAGUGGUUAGCACGGGAAAUGAGGAGCAGUCCUUUCAUGUCCGCUACAGGAUGGAGGUGUCCUGUCUGGAGCUGGCGUUGGAGGGCGAGCGGCUCUGUAAGGUUGGCGACUACAGAGCGGGCGUCUCUUUCUUUGAAGCUGCCAUCCAGGUGGGCACAGAGGACCUGCAGGUGCUCAGCGCCAUCUACAGCCAGAUAGGCAAUGCCUACUUCCACCUGCACGACUACGCCAAGGCCCUGGAGUUCCACCGGCAUGACCUCACCUUGACCAGGACGGUUGGGGACUUGCUUGGAGAAGCCAAAGCCAGUGGUAACCUCGGCAACACGUUGAAGGUGCUUGGGCGCUUUGAGGAGGCCGUGGUGUGCUGUCAGAGGCACCUGGACAUAGCCAGAGACAUUGAUGACAAGGUGGGUCAGGCGCGUGCUCUGUAUAACUUUGGGAACGUGUACCAUGCCAAAGGCAAAAGUAUCUGUUGGAGUGGAGCCGAACCUGGAGAUUUCCCAGAGGAGGUGAUGCUGGCCCUGAGGGAGGCAGCUGAGUACUACGAGGCGAACUUGGCGAUAGUGAAGGAGCUUGGGGAUCGUGCUGCUCAGGGUCGGACCUACGGCAACCUCGGCAACACGUACUACUUAUUGGGAAACUUUCGCAAGGCGGUGGCUUCUCACGAACAGCGCCUGCUCAUAGCCAAGGAGUUUGGUGACCGCUCGGCAGAGAGACGCGCUUACUGCAACCUUGGGAACGCCUAUAUCUUUUUGGGGGAAUUCGAAGUGGCAGCUGAGCAUUACAAGAGGACGCUGCAGCUGGCGAGGCAGUUGAAGGAUCGAGCUGUGGAGGCCCAGGCCUGCUACAGUCUGGGCAACACCUACACACUCCUGCAGGACUAUGAGAGAGCCAUAGACUACCACCUCAAACACCUCAUCAUAGCCCAGGACCUCAAUGACAGGAUUGGAGAGGGCCGUGCCUGCUGGAGUCUUGGCAAUGCUUACACUGCACUGGGGAACCAUGACCAAGCCAUGCACUUUGCUGAGAAACACCUGGAGAUCUGCAAAGAGACUGGCGAUAGGAGCGGGGAGCUGACGGCUCGUAUGAACGUCUCCGAUCUGCAGAUGGUUCUGGGUCUCAGUUAUAGCACAAAUAGCUCCACUAUCUCAGAGAACAAGGCUAUAGACUACAACCUCAAUGGAGCAAGGCCCAGGAUGAGCAGAAGACACAGCAUGGAGAACCUGGAGCUGGUGAAACUAACUCCAGACAAGAUAAAUGGUCAGAAGUGGAACAGUGACAUCCUGACCAAACAGCCCAAGCCCUCCCUGGCCAAGAGCUCCUCCAAGCUGUUCUUUGUCAGCCGUCUGCGCGGGAAGAAGCACAAGGCUGGUGGCUCCAGCAAGGUCCUCCAGGACACCAGCAACACAUUGGACACCAGCCAGACACCCGCACAGGGGCCGCAGAAGCGACCCAGUCCGGAAAUGGUUGGAGACGAGGGCUUCUUUGAUCUGCUGAGCCGUUUCCAGGGCAACCGUAUGGAUGACCAACGCUGUUCGAUACAGGAUGAGGGCAGCCGGUUGUCAUUAAGCAGCGGUUCAGAGUCGCCUCCCAGGGCCAUCAGGAAAUCCGUGUCAGAAUCCGCCAACGUGUCCGGCGCCCGGGGCCGGCGGUUAGAGGACACGUCGGCAGCGGGGGGGAGCCUCCCCGGCCUCCGCCUCCACCACAACAGCAACCAGGCGGUGCUCAGCCACCUGAUGGCCAACGCCGACAACGCCGAGCCCGACGACGACUUCUUCGAUAUGCUCGUCAAGUGCCAGGGGUCCCGCUUGGAUGACCAGCGCUGCGCCCCUCCCCCUCCGCCAGCCCGAGGGCCGACUGUACCCGACGAGGACUUCUUCAGCCUCAUCAUGCGCUCUCAGGCCAAGCGGAUGGACGAGCAGCGCGUCACGCUGCCUUCAGCCGCCACGGCCCGGCUCCAACUGAACAAACAGCACUAAAGGGACGAAGGAGGGGGGGGCGGACCAGUGGGGGUCGCUCACAGGGAAGCCUUGUGUAUAUUUACAUGUGUCCUUUGGGACUAAACAAAGCACUGUCAGCAUUAAAUGUAGUAUACAGUUUGAAUAAAUCUUAAAUUAACCUGGACUAAUUCAGUAGUAUCAGGGACAAAAGGUUGUUUUUUUGUAUCCGUCUGUACUCAUUUCACCGUAUGUCUAUUUUUCAAUACACGACUACAGUUGUCUGUAUUUAUAGUUAUACCUUUUUUUUUAAUGGUUAUGAUUUUGCCGUCCUACCACUGAUGUGCUUUCACAGUGGAGUCGGAGUCAUUGUGGUCACAGAGGUACAGCACUCGUUCCAUGUAUUUGUUUUUUAUUUUUUUAGCGGUUUGGGGUUACGUUGGAAAAAAAACAUGUGAUAAAAGAAUGAAUUUAACCCGUGUGUGUGUGUGUGUGUGUGUGUGUGUGUGUGUGUGUGUGUGUGGCCCUUAUGCUCUUUGUACAAAAUAUUUCAAUGAUGCCGGAUGAAUAAAGUGUCAUCCAUCCAUGUAAGGCUACUUGUUUUUUACUUUUUUUUAAAUGUACAAUGUGAACGCUUCAGUUCAACUAACACAAAAUAUCCAGCUAGUGUA